UACUUCCUCAUGCAGUUCCUGUGUAAAACUUAAAUAUUAGUGUAUUACAGUACUGGCUACAAUUUAUGUUUUACAUUGGCUAAAAUACUAUCAGAUUUAUCAAGCAAUGGAUAAAGGUGCUGAAUCUCAAGGUUAUUCUCAACAGCCAGAGCAACAAGGCUACAACAAGCCACCAACCUACACUGGUGAGCUACCCACAGCUGGACCCAGUUAUCAACACUAUGAGUACCCUCAGCAACACUACGAGUACCCUCAGGUCGUUACUCAGACUGGUCAACAUCCACAGUAUGGACAAAAUGUGCAUGCUGCACCACUGCAGCCAAUGGUCAUUCAAGAGCCACAAGACCCUCCACCAAGUGACUAUCUUGCUCUCUCCAUUUUUACAACUAUACUCUGUUUCUGGCCACUUGGAAUUGCUGCAAUUGUCUUCUCUGUCAAGACACGAAAUUCUUUCCAACGAGGAGAGUAUGAAAAGGCGAGGAUAAGUUCCUCGAAUGCCAAGAUCUUCAACAUUAUUUCAAUUGCAGUUGGAAUAUUUCUCUGGGUCAUUGUGUUAAUUGCUCAGCUGGCAUGGAUUAUUCCCCUAGCUUUUCUUCUGAGCAUUGUACGUAAUUAGGGUAAUGCAUAAACUACAAUUCAUGCAAUGUAAGGUACAUGUAAUAAGUGUCAUAAAUAAUUUUUUUAAAUUUUCGCUCAUCAAUCAUUUUUAAAUCACAAUAAGACGAUGUUUACCUGA